CACCUUUAGCAAGAUUCCAACGAGCGGGUGCAUCACUGCAAUGUUUGUGUAUAGUGCAAAAGUGCUGUCCGGUGUUAUGAUCGAGCACUUUUCCGCGAACUUUCUCGUUGUGUUUUUCGCUGUGCUCCUCUUAGUUCGUGGACUGCAGGUCCUGCGGGAGAUCCUGCAACUGCCGCCGGGACCAUGGGGCCUGCCGAUACUCGGCUCCCUGCCCUCGCUCAAGGGCGAUCUGCAUCUCCACUUCAGGGACCUCACCCACAAGUAUGGUUCCCUGUUCUCCACGCGGCUCGGCUCCCAGCUGAUCAUCGUCCUCAGCGAUUACAAGCUGAUCCGGGACGCGUUCCGCAAGGAGGAGUUCACCGGAAGACCGACCACCGAAUUCACCAACAUCCUGGGCGGCUACGGCGUGAUAAACACGGCGGGUAAACUGUGGAAGGACCAGCGUCGAUUCCUGCACGACGGCCUCCGCCACUUCGGCAUGUCGUACAUAGGCGCCCGCAAAGUCCAAAUGGAGAACAGGAUAAUGAACGAGGUCGAGGAAUUCCUGUGCGUCCUGCGCGCCCACAAGGACGAACCCAUCGAUCUGAAUCCGGUGUUCGCCGUCUCCAUUUCGAACGUGAUCUGCGACGUCCUCAUGUCCGUCAGGUUCUCCCACAACGACCAGAGGUUUAAGAGAUUCAUGGAUUUGAUCGAUGAGGGAUUCAAACUGUUCGGCAGCUUGGAGGCGGCCUUGUUCAUCCCCAUUUUGAAGUACAUGCCCGGACACAAUGCUACCAGGCAGAAAAUUGCUAAGAAUCGUGCCGAAAUGGGAGAGUUCUUGCAAGAAACCAUCGAUGAGCAUCGCAGAACUUUUGACCCAAGCCACCUGAGAGAUCUUCUGGACACCUACCUCUUCGAAAUCCAAAAAGCUAACGAAGAAGGAACUGGUCACCAUUUGUUUGAAGGCAAAGACCACGAUCGCCAGAUUCAACAGAUAAUGGGUGACAUGUUCUCAGCAGGAAUGGAGACCAUAAAGAGUUCGUUGCAAUGGGCUGUGCUGUUCAUGUUGCACAAUCCGGACGUGAUGAGGUCGGUGCAGGAAGAAAUGGACCAGGUGGUCGGUCGUCAAAGACUUCCCAAGCUGGAAGACUUGGCUUACUUACCAGUAACCGAAUCGACCAUCCUGGAAGUGUUGAGGAUCUCUAGCAUCGUUCCCAUGGGAACCACACACGCCCCCACCAGGGAUGUGAAAAUCAACGGCUUCCACCUGCCCCAGCACGCGCAAGUGGUACCACUACUGCACGCCGUCCACAUGGACCCAACCCUGUGGGACGAGCCGGAACGCUUCAACCCCUCCCGCUUCAUAAACGCCGAGGGCAAAGUGCAGAAGCCCGAGUACUUCCUUCCCUUCGGUGUCGGAAGGAGGAUGUGUCUGGGCGAGAUCCUUGCCAGAAUGGAGCUGUUCCUGUUCUUCUCGUCGCUGCUACACGCGUUCGACGUGAGCGUGCCCGCCGGCGAGACGCUGCCCAGUUUGAAGGGCAACGCGGGCGUGACCAUCAGCCCGGACGCCUUCAGGGUGACUCUGACGCCUCGCACCAUGGAAUGGGACUUCAUUUCGCCGUUGCUGAGACCCGCCGGCUCGCACUAGUGGGACAGUGAUGUGGCGAACUUUUGAGCACGGUUACGAGUGUGUUCCUAUCAAUUUUAUUAUUACGAGGCGCCGUACUUAUAGGUAUAAACGAAGACAUUCUACAAGUAGAAUUGGAUCUCCGACUCGAUCGGCUGUGCGCUGAUGUGUUCAUUGUUGUUUUUAGUAUUAAUUAGGCUUUACUUUACGUAGUUAUUUUGUUUUUGCUAGUCAUAUUCAUUUCAUUUGUGACUCCGAGAAUGGUUCAUAGUUACUUAUUAUUUUUUUACCAUUUUUCCCCGAUUACUACCUAUUUUGUAUUGCUUUGUUACUUUGGAGUUACUCAUCAUCGACGUGUGUUACCUAUUUUUAUUUUAUGGAUCUGUGAAUGAAAACGAGGUAGCUUAUUUAUUAAUUGUUUCCAAUGGAAACCAAUCACCAAUUUCAUUUAUCAUCUAGUUUUUAAGUGAUAUUGUAUAUAACGAGUUUUAUUGUUGCAAUCUUGCUGAUUUGUAUAGUUUAAUAGAGAGCAAGACUUAUUUUAAGAAUAUUGUUAUUUAAUAUUUUCAACAAAACCGUACAAUUAAAUAAAUUAAUUUUUUAAUA